UCCGGCGGCCUGCAGGGAGCGUUGUAUCCUGAAGGUUGGCAUUGCUGUGAAGGUGGACAGGGCAGGCUGUGUGAGCGCCCCCCCUCCGCUGGCUAUGAUAGUAUUUGUCAGGUUCAACUCCAGCCAUGGUUUCCCAGUGGAGGUUGAUUCAGACACCAGCAUCUUCCAGCUCAAGGAGGUGGUUGCUAAGCGACAGGGAGUUCCAGCUGACCAGCUGCAUGUGAUUUUUGCAGGGAAGGAGCUCAGGAAUGACUUGACACUGCAGAGCUGUGACCUGCCCCAGCAGAGUAUCGUUCAUAUUGUUCAGAAUCCACAGAAAAAGGAUGAAGAGGUUGAGACGGAAAGCAAAAAUGUCUCUGGCAUUCUAACAAGCAAUGGAAGAGAAGCUGAAAGCCUCACUCGGGUGGAUCUCAAUACCAACUUGCUGCCUUCUCACUCAGCUGGGCUUGCUGUGAUUUUAGACACUGUGGAUGACGGCAUCUCCCCUCUAUCUGGCAAUUCUGGUGCUGCUAACUACAACAGGUUUUAUGUUUUCUGUAAAAGUUUCUGCCAAGCUGUGAAACCUGGAAAGCUUCGAGUCCGCUGCAAAACUUGCAAGCAGGGGACACUGACUCUGGCAAGGGGUCCAUCUUGCUGGGAAGAUGUUCUGAUUCCAAACAGAAUAGCUGGUAUUUGCCAGUCAAGAAACUGCAGUGGAGAAGUAGCGGAAUUCUACUUUAAAUGUGGAGCACACCCAACCUCUGACAGUGAGACAUCUGUGGCACUGAACCUCAUUACAACAAAUAGUCGGUGCAUAUCAUGUAUAACCUGUACAGAUGUUCGGAGCCCUGUGUUGGUAUUCCAGUGCAUACAUCGCCAUGUCAUUUGCCUGGACUGUUUUCAUUUGUACGGUGUCACUAUGCUGAACAAUCGCCAGUUUGUCCAUGACCCUGACCUUGGCUACUCCCUCCCAUGUGUGGCUGGCUGUCCAGAUUCCUUGAUUAAAGAGCUGCAUCACUUCAGAAUUCUGGGCGAGGAGCAGUACAACCGUUACCAGUGCUAUGGUGCAGAAGAGUGUGUUCUGCAGAUGGGUGGCGUCCUUUGUCCUACCCCAGGAUGUGGAGCUGGUCUGCUUCCUGAACCAGAAGUCAGAAAGAUUGUGUGUGAGCCAAGCAAUGGAAUGGGCUGUGGGUUUGUGUUCUGCCGUGAAUGUAAGGAAGAAUACCAUGAAGGAGAAUGCUCCACACUCUUUGAAACUCAAGGAGCCACAGCCCAAGAGGGAUAUGGAGUUGAUGAGCAUGCAGCCCUACAGGCUCGAUGGGAAGAGGCAUCCAAAGAAACAAUCAAAAGAACAACGAAGCCAUGCCCUAAGUGUCAUGUUCCAGUGGAAAAGGAUGGUGGAUGCAUGCAUAUGAAGUGUCCUCGGCCUCAGUGCAGAUUCGAAUGGUGUUGGAACUGUAGCCUAGAGUGGAACAGGACUUGCAUGGGCGAUCAUUGGUUUGACUGAUCACCAAACAACACUGUAAAAACUGCUCAUAUGACAAUAUGCUGGGACUCUAGAACGCAGACCCACAAGCACAGCUCCUUCUACCAGGGUCAAAUCCUGAACUCCUUGCUCAGGGAGUGAAUUCCUCAUUAGCCCCAGAUUAAGGAAUUCACCCAAUAAAAACACCUAUUUAUUAGCUCAGAUAUGUAGGUAAAUGAACAAUUGUUUGUUCAGAUGGCCCUUAUGCUUCCUAAAUUCAUGAUGACACGUGAAAUUUGGAGGGCUCAUGCUUUCAUUUGUUCUGGUACGUUACCCCUUUUUCCACCAACGAGCCCUAGUGGUGUUCCCCCUUUGGGGAAAUAGAUAGUGUUACCAGUACCAGUUUAUCUCUUUAAUGGGUUUGUUCUUUGAUCUAAGACUGGAUCACUUUAAGUAUUUUAUUGACCACACUUGAUAAAGACUUAUGCUGAAGUGGCUCACUCAAAGCUGUUUUAACCACUAUGGUUUUAUAUCAGUCACUGUUCCAGUUUGUUGCCGGGCUUAGUUCUUCACAACUAUGCCUCAAAAAGAGUGACCUUUUCACAUUUUUUAGAACAGCCCAAUCUCUUCUCAGACAAGUUUUCAGUUGUAGCAUAGCAGAAAUUGUAGAUGCUACAUGUUGGGGAACUGUUUAGCAUGAUUUCCUAUAACAUCUGCAUUUUCAGCAUAAACUAUGAUAAGUCACCUAAUAUAUUAAUUCCACUUUCAUACACCAUGUUUCCAUGUCAAGAUCAGUGUUUUUAAGUUACCAAAGUCUGAGUUUGUUUAGGCACAGUUUGGCUGAUCCAGGAAGGAAUUUGAUGCCUGCUGGAUACUAUGUGUUGGUGAUGAAUGAUGCCUAACAAUUUAAGAGUGGAAUAAGACAGGAUGGCAACAGACCCAUGUCUUCAUAUGCAGGCUGCCACCAACUAGCUGUAAAGCAGGAUGGGGGUGAUUAAGAAAAGUGACAGACAGAAGGGGAUUUCCUAGCCAUUCCUCUACCUGUUGCUUUUCAGCCCAUGACCCCUUCCCAAACCUCUGUUUCCUUCCUAGUUGGGCUUAUUUCAAGUCUUGGAACCCAGUUAGGAGAGGGAAGCUUGGGAAAGGCAGCUUCAAAAAAGAUCAAAUGUGGAAAUUAGCAAGCACUUCCCCAUCAGGUUAAUGUGUUAACAUGAAUAGCUUCACACUGACAAAUGGAAGCCACUCUUUUAAGAAAUUGACUUAUUAGGUGUCUGAAAUUAUGACUGCCAAAAAAACAAAGAAAAGAAUGGGAAAGGGUUAGGGAAUAAGCUUCUGUACAUGUCAUUAUCAGAGCCCAACACGAACUCUUCCUCAUAUCAGCGAAUCUAGUUUUCACAUAAAUAAGAUGCACAAUCAAAGACGUUUGCUCUCAUGCUGAAUCAAAUCAAUUCUCUUUGUGAUGUCUGGCUGAAGAAAUUCAGGAUAAGGAUCAAAAGAAAAUAAUAAAGUUCAUAUGUUUACUUUUCCAGGUGUUCUCUGAACAUGUUAUUACAUCACUUUUGAAUCUCUACAGGCUGGAUUCUGUUUAAGUACUCCGUGCUCUUAAGGCCGUUCAACAGAUACAAGGAGAAAACACAGAGUGCAUACUGUAAAAUGUAGUAAGUGUUUGAACUGCUUCCUAGGUUCAAGUUGUUUUUGCUAGAAACAACUUCAGGAGAAGGGAAAUUGGAGCAGGGAAGCAGCACACCACACACAGAUCACCCUCCAAAUCACCCUCAGAUGGUUACACACACAAACACAUCACACUAACACACAUUUUGAACUCUGCAUACAUAAAACAGUUUGGGAGGGAAUCUGUUUAGAGCUUAUAAAUGGCAGGCAGGGGAAGAGUUAAGUACCUUCUCUUCUCCCUCAAUCCCCACACUGCUCUGCUUCAAAUUCUCUCUUCCUAAAGCUGCUUUUCAAAAAAAGCAGAAAAGGACAGCAUUGGGGACUCUCACAUUCAUGUUUGCAUAUAAUGUGAAGUCAGUGCCUCUGUUGUCAGUGCUCCAAAGCUUAUUUAACCAAAUAUGUCAGUGAGGCGGGGGAAAGGAUAUUACACCAAUAUUACACUAACAUAAAUUAAGAGAAAAUUUUCUUCCUUAAUAUUGUGAUCUCUGAUUGGUUUUCUAAUUGCAGCUUACUUUAAAGUUUUAUAACAGUUAGUGAAUUCCAGUGAUUAAUUUCUUCAUGCCAACACAGAUUAUGGCGAGUAUCUUGAACCCUGAAGAAACCAACACAGCCAACUCUCAAUAAUCAUUGAUGUUUUAAAUUGAAUUAGUCCUUGGUGUAAUGCGAACCCUACAACAACAAGGGAAAUAUACAGUGCAGUAUUUAAUUCUUGUAAAUUUGGGCACAAGGCCGAUUAAGGUGUGGCUGGGUAAAAUAUGUGGCCUAGUCAAAACCUCCAGUUCUUCAAGGCUUGUGCUUCCACACCCCAGCGACACUUACUCUGGUCUGAGUGGUAACAAAAAGAAUGAAGGUGCCAUUUCCUGCAGCACAUUACAGAGGGGGACAGCUGCCCUACUAAUGUCAAGGUAUCUACCUCUGACAUUCUUUCAGGUGUUGGCUCCCUCCAUCUUCUCUUCAUGGAGAAGAGUAUGCUGUGACAAGUAUUGAUUGAUUUCCUCUACAUUUGUAUCCUGCUCUUCCUUCAAGAUGGUUAUGAUUGAGCAAGAUCAGGUGGGUCAGAGAGGAUGGGGUAGAGGUAUAUGUCUCUCCUUAGGAAAAAGACUUCAACUUUUACAUUUUCGUUAGCAAUACUCUACUAACCGUUUUGGAGAGUAUUUGAUUGUGUUCCAUCUAAAUGCUUAUUACGGUCCAUUUUCCACAGAUGAACUGUGUUCAAAGUGGCUCACAGAACAGACAAUUACAUACAUACACUAACCAUAGUUAUAAUACAUUACAAUACAAAACUGAACCAGUUCAACAACUACAGUUCAUUUAAAACACACCAGAAGUUUCAAGGAAUAUAAAACAUGCCCAUAGGUCAAUGAACAAUACCCAGGACCAAUAAUAUAUAUAUUAUACCCACAAAAAGAAAAUCACAUGCAGU